UUAAGAAUUUUAACAGGCUUUUUUGUGAUUUUCAGAUUAAUAUAGAGAUACAAAAAGACUAAAAUAUGAGGUGCUCAAGCACCAGCUGUGGCAAAGAGGGUGAUGGUGAAUUCUGUGAAGAAUGUGGAGCCAAAAUGAGUGAUGAGAAGGACACUGUGGUAAAUUGCAGUGGUAAACGUAAGGAUGGUGCCCUGUGUGGGUCAGAAUUGGUACCAGGUCAGAGAUUCUGUAAAAAGUGUGGGACCAAAGUUGAUCAAUCACUCUUUACCAGUGUAUCAGUUGUGUGUCCUCAGUGUAAUGCGGUACUUGAAUCAGAUUCAUCAUUUUGCAUGGAAUGUGGGCACAGUCUUAUACAGUCAGUUACAGACAAUCGGACUUCAGCCAUAAAGACAGAAACAGACACAGCUGACAAUAAACAAGAUAAAGAAAAAGAAGUGGAGGUUUCUGGGGCAAUGGAUCAGAAGAAAAAUGAUGAUAGUGAUAACAGUGUGAAAACGGAAACUGAUCUGGCGGUAGAUGAUGAUAACAGAACACAAGAAUCAAAGGGACUUGAAACUCCUGCGAGAAAUUUGAAUGGAUCACAACACUCUGCUGGUGGAAACAAUUUGCCUAAAACAGAGAAACAGUCAUUUGGAAAUAAUGAAACUAGUGGUAUGACAGGUGUUUCAUCCGUUAAUGGCAAUCAAAUACCAGACCGUUCUAAUAGUGGUGUAAAAGAAGAGUGUGCACAAGACAUGAACACUGAAGGAAGAAACAGGAUGGAUCAUUCUGGUGAUCAAAAUGGAAAUGUACCGAUGGAAGAAACAGGAAAAUCAGAAAACAAAUUGAUAACAUCUGAAGUUUUUCAACCUAGUAAAGACAAUGACAAUGAACGAGAAAACACUGCAAAUAGUGAUAACUCUUUAAGUGAUGUUGAGCCAGUAGAUGGAAGUGGAACAGAAGAUGAAAACAAUGAAAGCAGAAAGGUCAAGAAAGAGAAUUCAAAUUUGCCAAUGUCAAGUACAAACACAGAGCUGUCAGAACAGUUAAAAGAGGUUGUUCUUGGAAAUGUAAGUCAGGGAAAUGUGCCUACUAAUGAGGAAACUAAGCUGGAUCCUGAAUCUUCUGACUCUGAAAGUGAUUCAGAAUGUAGUGACAGUGACCAGUCAGGACUUACAGUAGGUAGUGGGGAAGGCACAGCAGAGAAAUCUAAGCCAGUGUCAAAACAAACAAGUCACAGAAAGCGGAACAGAAAACAAAAGAAAAAUAAAAAGCGGAUGCGUAAAGAAAGGGCAGCCAAGCUUAAACAUCAGGAGGUGAAUCCAAGCUACCCUGUAGUAGAGAAUAACAAGUCUUUAAAAGAAGACAAAACAUCAGAAAAGAGAGGAAAAGUUACUUUAACUGGUAAACCGUUAACAGAAGAAACUAAAGAGAAAACUGGUGAGCCAGGGACAAACUUAACCAAGUCUGCAAACAACGAACCGGUCUUUGGUGAAGCUAAAUCUUGGGGGAUGAAAGACUUUGAUAAUUCAUGUCAGAUUAAAGCACCUGGUGGCAGUGCAGGAUUAUUCAGUUUUAGUAAAGAUUCUGGCACAGACAGCAGUCAGGGGACUAAAAACACAGACUUGACAACCAAGGACAAAAACAAAGACUUUGACAAUAAUGUUGAUGAUGAUACUGGAACAAAUGUUGAUGAACCCAUGAUUACAAGAAGUAAACAGAAAAAAAUUGAUGAUGAAAAAACAGCAAAGGAGAGAAAAGAAAAUGAGAAUAAACUGAAAACACAGAAAGCUGAGUCAUCCAAAACUGGGACCCAGAAACCUGCAGAGAGAAUGGUACAUGUACAUUUUCACGUUUUUGUUAGUGAAGAAUUCAAAUUUGAUCCUGCAAAGCACAAACUUAUUCUACGUCUUGGAAAGGAUGAACUGGGUGGUUGGGAUGACUUAUCAAGAGUUUUUAUUACAAAAAGAAUGGUGUCGGACAAAGUUUAUGAAAUGUAUUACAAUAUGAAAGUACCAGCAAGACUUGUCGUGUUUGGUGCAGCUAUUCCAUAUAAAUAUUGUAUAUGGAAACCAGAAAAGUCUGAGAAAGAUGAACCCUACAGAUGGGAACAUUACUUAAAAAACAACCAGGCUGGCCAAGAUGCCAACAGAGUUUUGAUACUAAGACUCAAACACAAUACUAUGGAUGAGUGGCAUCAGUAUGAUGGAUUUGUUGAAAAAGUACCAACAUCAUACCGGGAAAAGUUUUUCGAUUUUUUAUAUUGGAGGAAGGAAUUGAUGAAGCAUGCAAAGAAAUCUGUGCAGUUGUUUACAGCAUCUUUAUUGCGGACUGACAGUCAUAGUGCUUUCACUUUGGCUGAGGUUCUUGAACAGUUAGAAUUCCUCAUGGUCUGCUUGAAAAAAAUCUAUUACCAUGACAGCAAAUGCUGGGACAAGGAAGAAACAUUUAUGUCAGAUGCAGGAACUUGGUUUCUUGAUGUCAUGUUGGAAAAUAUUGUAUGUCCUAAGAAAGAUGCUGUUGAGACAAGAGAGGAAAAGGAAAGGAGAGUAACAAUAGCAACUGCAACAGUGUAUGCAGCAAAUUCAAAAGACAUUGCAAUCACUGAUGUGAAGAAGUUAUCUAAUGUCUGCAAAGCAUUACUGAUGGGCCCUCCAAAGAAUAAAGAUACCUGUGAAGAACUGAAAAUUGUUGAAAUCUACUUUAAAGGAAAAAGGAAACAGAUGAAAGAGGCCUUUGUGGCUGUUGCAAGAAAACUAGCCUUCAAUUCAAAGGAUCCAUCCUGGCUGUAUCUGAUGCCUUGGAUACAUUUCCUAUCUGAAGCAUGCACUCCUUUUGAGAAACCGCCAUUUGACGUGAAUCAUGAUAGAAAAGAACCAGUUUGGUGGGGAAUCUCACAUCUCGGAGAAGAUGCUCUUAAAUACUUUAAGGGUAAAACAGAAAGUUGGACAAUUCCCAUAAACUCUGUUUUGCAAGUUGUUGAGCCGUUGUUUGAAAUGGACUACCUAUUACCAAGAACAUUUAUGACAGCAGUGGAACUUAAAGACCUUGAUGCUGUAAUAAAAUCUCAAAAGAUACCACUAGAAGUUUGCUUAGCUAACCUCACCUACUUUUUGAGAACAACAAAGCCAAGACCUUACUUUGACUGGCAGAAUAAAAAAUAUUUUGGAUUUAUCACAACAGAUGAGAAGAAAGUAGAAGACAGCAUUGUCCUCUUAUCAGAAAAACUUGUUGCAGCUGUAUAUGAGGGUGAACAGUCUCAUGAUGAAUGGAAAAUGAGGUAUCUGUUAGCAGCAAGUCUGUUUAACGAGAGUGCAUCAAAACCACGAGAAAACACUUUGGCAGCUUGCACUCAAAUAUUGAUAAAUUUAGUCUCUGUUUAUGACAACCUUUUCAUAAAAGAGGCUACGGGAAAGUUUGAAGAGAAAGAACAUCUGACUGAAUUGAAAAAGGUACAAAUGACUGCUGUACAAUGGAUGGAUGAUUGGCAAUGGAAAUGGGAUAUAUACAUGUCAGAUAUACUUCAGAAUUGGAACAAGCUGGUGGCAGUUGAAGCUCUUAGAUCAGAAAAGGUCAGAGAUUUCUGGAAUGAAGAAAUACUGAGAGCAUUACUUUACACAUUAGAGCAUAAGGUGUGCACAACAACCUCAAUGAUGGCAAACUUUGUGACAAUAUUUUGUCAAAUGCUAGAUAAAUACAAGCCGUGUAUGCAAGAAAGUCUUGGAAAAGCAGCCUUUAAGGUGAGUGAAUCAUAAUUGUAUACAGUAAGAUCAGAUAUUUUCACAAGGCUAAAUGUUUGCUGUAUUUUAAAUUGGAAUUGGUUUGUGAGGUAGAAUAUUCAUGAUGUAUGAAGCAUUUGUGAAAUACCGUAUUUUGGUGUGUAUAGGUCGCGGUAAUGUAUAGUCCGCAUCUAAUUUUUGCUCAGGAAAUGGUCGGAAAAUUUAAGUUCUAGCGUAUUAGUCACGGUUAAGUUUCGGAUUUUUUCCCCAGCAGUAUUUAAUAUUUACCGGCAAAAAAGUUAUGGCGGCGGCCAUAUUGAUGCCGCGGACUGAAUUAUUAUCAGAACCUGAUUGGUGGAAAUCGGACAGUGUUAUUUUCGAUCCCAACCGUUUCGUACCAACAGUAGUAUCGGUAACAGACUACAUCAAAGAAAAGCGGCUUUUUGACACUAAUUGGCAGCAGACGGUUUGCGUUUACAUUCUGUAAUUAUGCAAGUUUAAAUGUGAAUUGUUUGCACAGCAAUUAUAACACCUUUCCGCGUCGUGUAAUUAACCGCGUUCUUUUGAUUCUGAGAUUAACAAAAUAUCUCUUUUUGGAUUUUUUUUUCUUUUAUUUAAAAACCAAAAGUAAAAAAUUGUCUUUUAAGUUUUUUAAUACGCUAAGAAUUAGUAUAAACAAUGUUUGGAAUGGAUGACGGAUCUGUCCGGAUUUUAUCCAACCCGGAGUACAUGUCAAUGGCGUCCAGUAAAACGAAAGUAGAAACAAACGUAAUUGAAAUUGCAAAAACAUCUUUGAAUUAAAGUAAUUCGUAAUUUUAAUAGUCUGUAUGGGUUAUUUACGAUAUAUUUUAUUGAAAGUAACCGCUGUUGGUUGAAAGGCCGCCGGUAUUGAUAUUUUUUAUCCAUUUUGUUCG